GAGAUUAUUUUAUUGGCCCUAUUUUGUUCUCAUUCUAUUCAAAUACUAAACAAAUUGGUGGCCAAUAAUUCACAAUCUCAAGGAAAAUUUCCUGUCUUUCUUUUUCCCCUAAUAUUUUAUUUAUCAAAUGGUCGUAUAUAUUUCAUUAUACUGUACUCCCAGUCCUUCUCUUCUCUGUUUCCAGCGAUUUGAAACAGUGCAAAAGGAUGCUCCCCUGACCUCACUCUGCCUCUCUCUGCAUCUCAACAUUUCUCUCUCCCUCUCCUUCUGCACAUUUUCAGAGAAGAAAAAGUGAAGUCCCCAAACACCAAAAAACCAGAAACCGAAACCCAAAACUCUGCAACUUUCCCCCCUUCCAAUUUUCUUCCUUCUCGAGAACUUCAAAGCAUAAAUCCACAAGGCAGCAACUUGUAGACUGUACUAGUAGUAGCUCCUCGCCAUCUCAAAUUUUCAACCUUUUCCCAUUUCUAAUCCAAACCCACCUCCCCAAUCCCUUCUUCAAAACCUCCAAACCCCACCAUGACACGAUAGAACAGAAAAACGAAGGGAAAAAGAUCUCCAAAAAAAUGGGUUUCACCUUGUUCUUCAUUCUCCAUCUUACCCCCAUCUUCCUCUUCCUCCUCUUCUUCUCCAACCCCAUUCAAUCCGCACCAGACUACACUUCCUUAGUCUACAAGGGCUGCUCAAAGCAGGCUUUCCAAGAUCCAAGCGGCCUCUACUCACAAGCCCUCUCCGCCCUCUUCGGAACCCUAGUCCAGCAAUCCACAAAAUCCAACUUCUUCAAGACCACCACCGGCACAGGCCAAACCACCAUCACGGGCCUCUUCCAGUGCAGGGGAGACCUCUCCGUCGGCGACUGCUACAAAUGCGUGAGCGGCCUCCCCGUCCUGACCGACAAAAUGUGCGGCAAGGCCAUUGCCGCCAGGGUUCAGCUCACCGGCUGCUACAUUCUCUACGAGGUCGCCGGCUACACUCAGGUCUCCGGGAUGGAGAUGCUGUUCAAGACCUGCGGCCGGUCCACGUCGGCCGGGGGCGGGUUCGAAGAGAGGAGGGACACCGCCUUCUCUGUUCUUGCCAAUGGCGUGGCGAGCGGCCAUGGAUUCUUCACCACGAGCUACGAAUCGAUGUACGUUUUGGGGCAGUGCGAGGGAGAUGUUGGGGAUUCGGAUUGUGGGGAGUGUGCCAAGAGUGCUAUCCAGAGAGCUCAGGUGGAGUGCGGGAACGCAAUCUCUGGCCAAAUCUAUCUCCACAAGUGCUUCAUUAGUUACAGCUAUUAUCCCAAUGGGGUUCCCAGGAGGUCGUCGUCUUCUUCUUCUUCAUCUGAUUCUUCACCUUCACCAGGGACAGGGCAGAACACAGGGAAGACGGUGGCUAUAAUUGUAGGAGGGGCAGCAGGAGUAGGGUUCUUGGUGAUCUUCCUUAUGUUUGCAAGAAAUCUGCUCAAGAAACAUGAUGACUAUUGAGAAAAGGAAAAGAGGUGGUGGUGGGGGAAGAAGGGAGCUUGAAAAGUGAAAAGGCAGAUUGAGAUUUGAGGGAGGCUUCAACAAUUCUUUUGUUUUUGAAAGAAAAGUGGGUGGUGGGAUUGGUUACAUUUUGUUGUGAAUGAAGGAAAAAACAGGGGUGAUUUUUGUAAUGGAGGAAGGGCAAGUUUUGGUAGAAUUUAGAGGAUUGAGCUAUGGGGGGGAUGGUGAAAGAUUGUGGGGUCUUCUUCCUUCCUUGUCAAUCUCAUUAUUAUCAUAUUUGGAAAGGGAAAUGGAAAGAAGUGUGACUGGGAAGGAUAUUAUUAAUGUCAGGAAAGGAAGCAAUUAGGCCAAGGGAAGAUACAUCACAAUGCAAUGAAUUAGUAGCUCUUGUUUAUUUUAGAAAGUUGGGGAGAGAAGGUGAAAAGAAAGAAUGUCUUUGGUAUCAUUGAAUAUGUUAUUAGGAAGAGAGAGAGAGAGA